UAAUAACGCACUGCUACUAAACUUGGCGGUAUUUUAAGUAAAACGAACUAAAAUUUUGUUUUAAAAUUUUUCAAAACGUGUGAUUAACUUUGUUUUUUUUUUAGUUUUAUUUGUAGUGUUUUAAAAUGACAUUGGGUGAAGUUAAAACAAAUUUACCAUGGGUUGAAAAAUACCGGCCAAGUACUUUGGAGGAUCUUGUAUCUCAUGAAGAUAUUAUCAAGACUAUCAGUAAAUUUAUCAAAGAUGAUCAAUUUCCUCAUCUUCUAUUUUAUGGACCACCUGGAACCGGUAAAACGAGUACAAUAUUGGCAUGUGCUCGUCAAAUGUACACCGCAAAUAGUUUCACAUCGAUGGUCUUGGAAUUGAAUGCGUCCGAUGAUCGUGGUAUUGGAAUUGUACGAGGACAAAUAUUGAAUUUUGCCAGUACACGAACUAUUUUCAAAAGUGGUUUUAAAUUAAUUAUUUUGGAUGAAGCGGAUGCCAUGACAAAUGAUGCGCAGAAUGCUUUAAGGCGAAUAAUCGAAAAAUAUACUGAUAAUGUCCGAUUCUGUAUUAUCUGUAAUUAUUUGGGUAAAAUAAUUCCUGCGAUACAAUCUCGAUGUACCCGAUUUCGAUUUGGACCAUUGAACAAUGAUCAAAUUAUUCCACGAUUAAAUCAUGUUAUUGAUAAAGAAAGUUUAACCGUAACAGAAGAUGGAAAACAAGCAUUACUUACCUUAGCCAGUGGUGAUAUGAGGAAAGUAUUAAAUAUAUUACAAAGUACUUGGCUGGCGUAUAAAUAUGUGAACGAGGAAAAUGUUUAUACAUGUGUGGGACACCCUAUGAAAAAUGACAUUGAAAAUAUUGUUAAAUGGCUUCUAACAGAAGAUAUUGAUGUUACUUAUAAAAAUAUUAAAACAUUAAAAGUUUCGAAAGGCUUAGCCUUAACGGAUAUUUUAUCUGAAGUUCACUUAUAUAUUCAAAGAGUUGAAUUUCCAUCUGAAGUGUUCGUAUACCUUCUAAUUAAACUAUCAGAUAUUGAAAUGCGUUUAGCAACUGGUACAAAUGAAGACAUUCAAUUAUCCGCGUUAAUAUCAGCCUUUCAAAUUGGUCGUGAUCUAGUAGAACAACAAUCGUGAUUGGAAGGAUCCAUGGUAUAGUCUUAAAAUUUAUUUAAUUUUGUUUAUUAAGAA